AUGGGCACGGGAAACUGCUCCAGUGUGACCGAGUUCAUUCUCCUCGGAUUCGCAGAAGCCCCUGAGUUGAGAGUCGCCCUCUUCUCUGUGUUCCUUCUCAUCUAUGGAGUCACGGUGCUGGGCAACCUGGGCAUGAUGGCAGUGAUUCAGGUCAGCUCUCACCUUCACACUCCCAUGUACUUUUUCCUCAGCCACUUGUCCUUUGUGGACUUUUGCUACUCCACUGUCAUCGUCCCAAAUGUGCUGUCCAGUAUCUUAAACAAGGGCAAAGCCAUCUCCUUCCUGGGAUGCAUGGUGCAAUUCUAUUUCUUUUGUGCCUAUGCAAUCACUGAGGUCUUCCUUUUGGCUGUGAUGGCCUAUGACCGCUUCGUGGCCAUCUGCAACCCACUGUUGUACACGGUCACCAUGUCCCGGAAUCUCUGUGUGGAGCUGGUGUCUUGUUGCUACCUGUGUGGGAUGGUGUGUUCUCUGAUCCACUUGUGUUUAGCUCUGGAGAUCCCAUCCUACACAUCAAAUGUGAUUGACCACUUCUUCUGCGAUCUGCCCCCUCUCUUAUCCCUUGCUUGCUCUGAUGUCACUAUGAAUGAACUGCUGCUGUACAUCGUGGCCACCUUCAAUGAGAUCACCACCAUCGUGAUCAUCCUCACCUCCUACUUGCUAAUUCUCAUCACCAUCCUGAGGAUGCACUCUGCUAAGGGAAGGCACAAAGCCUUUUCCACCUGUGCCUCCCACCUCACCGCCAUCCUUGUCUUCCAUGGAACAAUCCUUUUCACUUACUGCCGGCCCAGUUCUGGCAACAGUGUGGAUACUGACAAGGUGGCCACGGUGUUCUACACUGUAGUGAUUCCCAUGCUCAACCCCCUCAUCUAUAGCCUCCGGAACAAGGAUGUGAAGGAAGCACUCAAGAAAGUGUUGGGAUCUAGAUUACCUUUUGAAAAACUAUUUUCUUAA